UUCAGUUAUAGAAAAAGCUUCUUCCUUAUUUUAAAGACAUUUAACAAUACAAAUCACAAGCAACAUCUGCUACAAGUUUUAAACAAAGAUGGACUAUCUAACUCCCGCCCAGAGUGCAUACAGCUGGACCAGUAACUCAAGUCUCAACAAUUCCUGUGGCAUCAACUUCACCAUUGACUCUGUAUUUCUUCCAGUUCUAUAUGGAAUCUUUUUCACUGUGGGCAUCCCAUUGAAUUUGCUGGCUUUGUAUGGACUUUAUCGCUUAGUUAAAUCGGAAAAUGUCCUUCCAGUCUACGUCAUUAACUUGCUUCUCUCAGAUCUCCUUCAGCUCAUUACCUUACCUCUCUGGAUUGACUACUACAGCAGAAAGCACAUUUGGCGAUUUGGUCCCAGCACUUGCCAGGCUGUUGGCCUUAUCUUUUACAUCAGCCUUUAUGCUGGUAUAUUUUUUUUGUGUGUCAUUGCUUUGGAGCGACACCUGGCUAUUGCCUGGCCAUUGAAAUUCCAAGCCCUGCGACGUCUACAGUAUGCUCGCUGGGUUGCCCUGGGAUUGUGGAUGGUAGUGGCAGUGCCUCCCUCUGUUGCAUUUGGAGUCCUUUUCCCUAAAAAUAAAGAGGAUAUCACCUUUUGCAUUGAGAAAUACCCUUCUGAUCAAAAUUUCACUAUCUACCGCCUGAUAACUCUGGUCCUAUCUUUUGUCAUCCCUUUCAGUUUCAUUGGUAUCCUGCAUAGAAAGACUCUGAAAUCCCUUGCUGAGGUGAGUUCACUGGCCUCAGAGGAGAAGUGGAGGAUCCAGGGAUUGCUUAAUCUGGUGAUAAUUAUAUUUGUGCUGGUUUUAGGCCCCUAUCACUUCAUAGGUAGUGUGAAGUAUGUAGUGUUGCUUUUUCACCCUAAUAUAUGUGAAUGGGAGAAGUCAAUAUUUGUAUUCUAUCAACUGGGAAGAGUGUUGCUGAGCCUGAACAGCCUGCUUGACCCCAUAUUGUAUAUCUUCCUACGUAAAGACUUCCAAGAGGUGAUAUGCAUGGCUGUGCCCUGCUUGAGUAGAAAACAGAACGGUUUGGAGCCUAGCAGGACCUCCCCCAGUUUCUCAAAACCUAUAGACAGACUGACAAACUCCACCAUCGACUCAGAGAUGUGAAUACACAUUAGUUUCUCUGUUAUUAUUGUCAGUUAAUUUAUCUUAUUGUCAAUUAAAUGAAGCUUUUUAAAAACCAA